GCCCGCGAGCCGGCGGGCCCUCGCACGUGAAGGCGUCGCAAAAAGCCGGCUGGGGUCCUUCCGCGCGAGGCGUCGCAGCCGGUGGGCCGUUGGGAGCGCGCGCGCCGGUGGCCCCCCACCAUGUAUUACAAGUUCAACGGCGUCACGCAGAGGCUGGUCGGGGCAGCGGCGUCCGCCGCCUACAACCCCCAGGGACUCAAACCAAUAGUUUCCACUGAAUCCCCAGCUCUGAUUUUUGGGACAACAACUAAACUUGCUUCAGAUUUACCAGCAACUGAUUCUUUCUUGGGUAAAAACAAGGUGCCAGACCUACAGAAACUUUUUCAGUCUGACUUGAAAGCAGAUGGACUGCCAGUACACCUGAAACGAGGAGUUCCAGAUAAGCUGCUUUAUCGGACCACUAUGGCUCUAACAAUAGGCGGGACAAUCUACUGUCUAGUAGCACUGUACAUGGCCUCACAACCAAGAAACCAAAAGUAAAUGAACCACAACUCAUGGGACUCGUGACACUUCUCUGAAGGACCUCCUGCACGUAUCUCUUUGCACUUGCUUUAAUUCUGUGAUCAUAUAGGGUUCAUUACUCAGAUCAAAUUUCUUGGAGAAAAUGUUUUUAAAUUGGUUGCCUUAUGUGUUCUAGAAAUCAAUAUAAACAGGCUUAAAGACAUCAUUUUAACAUAUGGUUGUAGCUUUGCAUUUGUUGUCUUGCAGGAGUGUAUGAACAGUUGGAGAAAGUUAAGCUUUUCCUUCCUUCCCUCCCCCAACUUAAACAAUGUUAGAGAUAGGACAGGACAAAUACUUUGUGGGCUAUGCUCCACAUUCCUUAGUGGGAGGAUGCUGCUGGUUUCCAAAACAGUAAAAGCAAAUAAUGUAAUUAUUGUAACAUACUGGGAGCCUGUUUCUGUCAUACACAGCUCAUUUUACAUAAGCAGGUGGCAGUGGAACUUUUCCAAAUGCUGGUAUAUUAUUAAAUAUUUGUACCUCUGAUGGUAGGACAAAGGGCUUAUCACCUUGGAGCAUUUAAAGUGGAUUCAUUCUGUAAUGUUAGCAUCACUGUACACAGCAGAGUGCACCAAUAUUGUAGCGUCAAUUAUAACAGUUUUUGGACUUUCAUUUGUCAAACUAUCUUAUUGUGCAAUAAAGAUAACUACAUGAAUAAUAAAA